ACGACGACGACAACGACGACGACGACGACGACAGCAACGGCAACGACGACGGCGAGGACGAGGACAAGGACGAGGACGAAGACAAGGACAACGACGAGGACGACGACGCCGACGCCGCCGGGAAGCAAAAGGAUAUCGGUCACGUCGGAUACCCGAGCCUGUUCAUAGUAGCGGCGUACAUCAGCAUUGGUUGUAGCAGUAGUAGUAGUAAUCAUAGUACGCGCCGCAAACUAAUUCUUCCGGUCCCCCACGUCGUGAGGAUUCAGUGAAAAAGCUCGUCGGAGAGUAGUACCGAGGAAGAGUAGAAGGGAGUGCGGGAAACGAAGGGAGAGGAAAUAUAUCUCUGGUACCGAAAAGUCUCGAGCCGUGAUCGCACAGAUAGGUCCAUCCAGAGGGAGACAUCGGCAAGGAGCCGCUCCUCAUCGCCGUUUCAGCAUGACCCAGCCUUAGUACGGCUCUUCUGUCGUAACACCCUCCGCGGCGCGACACGAUACGACACGUAGAAGAAGGCGGUGGAGGAGCCGGAGGUGGUGCUGGCGGCGGAGGAGGAAGAGGGGGUGGAGGGGGCCAGAGAGAGGGUGGAGGACGCCGAGGAGGACGGAGAAGAAGAAGAAGAAGGUGGCGAAGGUGGAGGAGGACGGAGGCCUCGCUAACGACGGCGAACGUCCUCGAGGGUGCGAACCAUCAACAACAGCACCACCACCGACGACGACGAUGAUCGUGACGGGCGGCGAUCGGCGUACGUGUUGGAGGCGGAGACGCCGAUUGAUGGUGAUGGCUCUGCUCUCCGCGGUUUUGGCCCUCGCGAUGGGCCCCUCGUCGUCCUCGGGCCAUAGACCGGCACCGAGCUAUCCGAUCAUGUUUCACACCACCACGAGUAGCACAGCCAUGCCGAGCAACGGUACUAGCGUGCAGAUCUCCGACCAUAACAAUAACAAUGCCGUGAGUUCUGAGGAGUACAAUAGGACUCAUGAUAAUGAUACGGAGACCAAGAGGCCGCUCUUCCCUGAAGAUCUAUUCACUAAUGAUCAGCGGCGCCGCGGCGCCGUGAUAUUUCACAUACUCGGUGUGGUGUAUAUGUUCGUCGCGCUAGCGAUCGUCUGCGACGAGUUCUUCGUACCGUCACUGGACGUGAUCAUCGAGAAAUUCGAGAUCGCCGACGACGUGGCCGGUGCUACCUUCAUGGCGGCCGGUGGAUCGGCGCCUGAACUCUUUACAUCGAUCAUAGGCGUAUUCGUGUCUUUCGACGAUGUCGGGAUCGGCACUAUCGUCGGCUCCGCCGUUUUCAACAUCCUCUUCGUGAUCGGCAUGUGCGCUAUAUUCUCGCGUACGGUACUGUCGCUCACAUGGUGGCCUCUAUUUCGCGACUGUACCUUCUACAGCGCCAGUCUGAUCACCCUGAUCUACUUCUUCCGCGACAGUUAUAUUUACUGGUACGAAGCGCUCGUGCUCUUUGGAUUCUAUUUGGCAUAUGUGAGCUUCAUGAAGUGGAACCAGCCGAUGGAGAAAUUCGCCAAAAGGGUACUUUACAGGAACAAGGUGACCCGGGUCAGGUCUACCGAUCAGCUGAUGCCCUCGCACCAGAGCGCCGCCCAGGCAUUGCAGCAUCCGAACGCGACCAACAGUAGCGAGACGAGCGUGGGUGGCGUGUCGGGUGCGUGCGGAAGCAGCGGCAUACCGGCGCCCGGGGAGGCCGGAUGCAGCAGCAGGGGUGGAAGCAGCAGCGGCGCCGGCGGCGGCGGGGGCGGCGGCACCGGGGCCGGACAAGGCUGCGAGCAGACCCGCGGGGGCCCGUCUUCUCAUUCACGGGAGAGCCACGCCAAAUUUCGACACGGCCUGCUGCAGCUUAUGAUCCACACGAUCGAUCCGCUCCACGACGGUCAGUCCCGCGCCGGCAAGGUGGACGAGAAAGCGACGCAGCUGCACGCGAUAGCGUCGCUGAAGGUGCUGCUGGAUGCCACCAGGCCGCACAACGGCGCCGCGACGUCGACCGCCGCCCAUUAUUCCGGCGCUCCCUCGAAGGAGACGACGCUGCAGCUGCAGCAGGGCUCGCAAGGAACCACCACCACUACCACGACUACGACUACCACCGCCGGCACUACCGCUGGCAUUCAGGAACUUCCUAACGGCGGUAUCGCCGCCGGUCUCGACGCUGGCCUCGAAUCGGGCGAAGAGGAUGAACCUCCAGAGGCCUUGGAUAUGGGCUGGCCCAGCAGCCCGAGGAAAAGGCUGACUUACAUCUUGGUCGCGCCAAUCUUAUUUCCUCUUUGGUUAACGUUACCAGAUACGAGAACACCUAGAGGAAAAAAGUUUUUCCCGAUAACUUUCAUCGGCUCGAUCUUCUGGAUCGCGGCGUACUCGUACCUGAUGGUCUGGUGGGCGAAUGUCGCCGGCGACACAGUAGCCAUACCGCCGGAAGUGAUGGGCCUGACGUUCCUCGCAGCCGGCACCAGCAUACCGGAUCUUAUCACGAGCGUAAUCGUGGCGCGGAAGGGAUACGGCGAUAUGGCCGUCUCGAGUUCUGUCGGCAGCAACAUCUUCGACGUGACCGUUGGGCUUCCGGUUCCGUGGCUCCUGUAUGGUUUGAUCUACGGGAAACCCGUGGAGGUGAACUCGGUGGGCAUGGUGUGCAGCAUAGCGAUACUCUUCUGCAUGCUGCUCUUCGUGAUCAUGAGCAUCGCCUGCUUCAGAUGGAAAAUGAACAAGGGACUCGGUUUCACGAUGUUCAUCCUCUACUUUGUCUUCGUCGCCGUCUCGCUGAUGUUCGAGUACGAAUGGUUGGUCUGUCCGGUGUAGGACAGCCGGUGCAGCAGAGGUAUUAGAACCUCCUCCGGAAAGAAAGGCGACACGUCUGCGAACGGACGCACACUUACGAGUCUCGUCAUCAUCAUCGUCAUCGUCGUCGGCGAGUCUCGGCCGACGAGAGAACUCUUCCCCGCGGUGCUAACCGAGGAGAGAACCGCGCAAACCCAGUCAUUACCUUCCCGCGUGCGCGUGAAGGAAACUUAAUGAUCGAACGGCAAUAGAGCAGCACCCAUGAACACACAUAUACACAAACGUCCACACACGUACAUAUAUACACGUAAACACACAUACAUGCACACGGCACUGUCACCGAUCAUCAGGUCACAGCAAUUUUGUGUAUCACGCAGAGGCGUUUUGUUCUUAUAGUCGCGCGAGAGGUGUACAUAUUGUAUAAAUCUUGAAAUACCUGAAACGAAAUACUCGUCUUGUUAAGGAUUAAUCGAGCGUACCACUUUGCUCGAGUGCGCUACUUUUAUUAUUUAGGCAUGGCGAGCGCGUUAGCCGAUCGUGCCAAGGACCAAACUAGCAUAAUUUUAUAUAAUUCGUAGGAGAAUUCUUUAACACGUAUAAUUCGAGUCUCUCUGGUCAUAUUCUUCUUUCUUUCAUUCUUCUUCUUCUUCUUUCUCGUUCUCUUGUUGUUUGAUAAGCGGUACGUGCGCGAGACCAAUUAAUUGUACAAUAUCCAUUAAUUCACUGACUAGACUUUUGCAACGAAAGUUUACAAAAAAAUUAUAUCUUACAUAGCAAUUCUUGAUCAAAAGCUUUCCAAUUCUAAUCAUGAAUGUGCAUAUCGCAUUAGAUGUCACUUGAUUCGUGCAUUUACGAAACCUUUUUUAUGCGUUUUUUCGGAUAUACUUGUACAAUCGAUAGUAAUAAUAUCAAAUUUAUAUAAAAUGCAAAGUUAUUUCGUCGGUAUAGACAACUUUUUCUCGUUUGACUCCUUGGCACGCUCACGUGUCCGAAUAUAUUAUAUAUAACGUUAUCCUUAGAGAGAGAGCAAGUGAUCUGACCGCUCGCCGAUUUCCUCUAAAGUAGAAUUCUCUUUACCUCUAAUCGUAGAAAUAGGUCGAUAUAACUUUAAUCUGUUAUGCUCACGAAAUUUCAACUCGAUGCGGUGUGCUGUUCGACGUUUCGUUUCGACGACGAAAUGAUGUAUGCUCAUGAAUCUCGAAUGUAUACAUAUAUUACACUUCAUUUACAGUGUCUCUCUUUUUAUUUUACUAAUAACAAUGCUAUAUUAUAACAUAUAUAUUAUGUGAGCUUUUACAUCAAAGAAUUACAAAAUGUGCA